AUGAAAGAGUUUAGAAAAAAACGUAAAUCAGAGCUAGAAAAUCCUUUUGUUAAAAAAUACAAGUUUAAUAGUAAAAUUUUAGCAUGUUACUCUAAUGAAAAAAAAAAUGAGAUAUACUGUCAGCAUCAAAAUAUAAUAAUUGACCUUGUAAAUGAUGAUUGUCUAGCUGCAAUAUUUAUGUAUGUACCAGCAUGUGAAAGACCAAAAAUUGCAUUGGUAUGUCAAAAAUGGAAAAGAGCUCUUUAUUAUUCUUGGAGUAAUGUCAAAAAACUUGAACUAACUCAUUGGGAAUAUGAUGAGUAUCCAACUUGUUUGAAGAAAUAUCCAACUUGUUUGAAGAAAUAUCUAAUAAAUUUUGAUGUCAUUGUUAGUAUUAUAAUGAAUUGUCAAUUUUUCACAUUGACCAUGUGA